UUCGCUGUGUUGCAGGUCGCCCCGGGGACAGACCGCGGAGCCGGAGAGACUCGUCUCGCCCCGCGGACCAGAAGGAAGCCUGUUGAUGGCUCUUCCACCGCCGCUGUCAGAGCACGGGUGGUGAGUGGCGGGGAAUCGCUGGCGCGUGCUUCGGAUGCAGCUGAGGAAGAUGCAGACCGUGAAGAAGGAGCAGGCGUCCCUGGACGCCGGGAGCGGCGCGGACAAGAUGACGGUGCUCGGCCCCGCCCUGGCCGACGUCUCCGAGGAGCUGACCGCGGGCGAGGAGCUGCUGCUGGGCGAGGGCAGCGUGGGGAAGAGCAAGUCCUCGGCGUGCCGGCGGAAGCGGGAGUUCAUCCCCGACGACAAGAAGGACGCCAUGUACUGGGAAAAGCGGCGGAAAAACAACGAAGCGGCCAAGCGCUCCCGGGAGAAGCGGCGGCUCAACGACCUGGUCCUGGAGAACAAGCUGAUCGCGCUGGGCGAGGAGAACGCCACCCUGAAGGCCGAGCUGCUCUCCCUCAAGCUGAAGUUUGGCUUGAUCAGCUCUGCGGCGUAUGCCCAGGAGAUCCAGAAACUCAGUCAUUCCACGGCUGUGUACUUUCAAGACUACCAGGCGGCCAAGUCCAGCGCCGGGCCCUUCGCGGACGAGCACGAGCCCGCGAUGGUGACGAGCGGCUGCAUCUCGGUCAUCAAGCACUCCCCGCAGGCCUCCCUGUCCGACGUCUCCGAGGUGUCCUCGCUGGAACACUCGCAGGACGGGGCCGCGCGGGGUGGCUGCGGGAGCCCCGACGGCAAGUUCCAGGCCAUCAAGCAAGAGCCGGUGGAGCUGGAGAGCUACGCCAGGGAGCCUGGCGACGAGCGGGGCGCCUACCGGGCCUCCGUGUACCGGAACCUCAUGGGGACCGCCUUCCCCGGCUACUCCCACUCCCCGCCUCUGCUGCAGGCCGCCCGGUCCUCCAGCAACUCCCCCAGGACGUCGGAGACCGAGGACGGCGCGGUGGGGAAGUCCUCGGAUGGAGAAGACGAGCAGCAGGUCCCCAAGGGCCCUAUCCACUCUCCCGUGGAGCUUCAGCGCGUGCACGCCACCGUGGUGAAAGUUCCGGAAGUGAACUCCUCGGCCUUGCCGCACAAGCUUCGCAUCAAAGCCAAAGCCAUGCAGAUCAAAGUCGAAGCCUUCGAUCACGAGUUUGAGGCCACGCAAAAGCCGUCCUCGCCCGUGGACGGGACGCCCAAGAGGCAUUUCGAACUGGAGAAGCAUAGCGCCCCGAGUAUGGUACAUUCUUCCCUCCCCCCUUUCUCGGUGCAGGUGACGAACAUCCAGGAUUGGUCUCUCAAAUCGGAACACUGGCAUCAAAAAGAACUGAACGGCAAAACUCAGAACAGCUUCAAAACGGGAGUUGUAGAAAUGAAGGACGGUGGCUACCAAGUCUCUGACCCGGAGAAUUUGUUUCUGAAGCAGGGGAUGAUAGCAAACUUGUCUGCAGAGGUGGUGUCACUGAAGAGACUCAUAGCCACACACCAGAUCUCCGCCUCGGACUCGGGGUAAACUACUACUGAAACGCUCUGGGUGUUUAGAAAGCCGUCAUUUGCAAUAGAGGAGGACGUUUUGUAUUAGGCGGGAGUUUCACUGGACCCGUGAUGUCAUUC